CAGUUUGUUCGCGAAUUCGAUAGGAUCGUUUAGCUUUGGCCUGAACAAGUUUAAAGGUUUCAGAAGCAUUUUUUUUUUUCAAUUUAGUUAAUCAGCUUCACAGUAACAGUUGAACAACCAUUUAAAUUUACAAAGUGUACUAGUCAAAUAACAGCAAAGCUUGGAAACGUGCGCCACUGCCUAAAAACUAAUAGUGAAAUCUGCUCAGUGUCUACCAAAAUCGAUCAAUAGCUCUUCAUCGAGUGAGAAAACUAUCAACAGAGAGCGUUUGCGGCAAAAGUGCGAGGAAUACGCUGAUCUCUCUUUGGCCAUCCGUCAAGAAUUUUCACUACACUCGGCCUCUUUUCCACAAAGUUUUGCCAAGUAAAGACGGGCCCAAGCAAGGCUCCCGCGAGUGAUUAAAAAAGUUAUAAAAAUUGCCAUCUUCGAAAACCUUUAAGGUGAAAAAUACAUAAAACGCGCGAGUGUGGUGAUAAAAAUAGCUCUUGUCUAGCCUACUCCUGUCUGCAUUGGGCCGUGUUUUACUGGAGAUACUUCGUAAUUCCGGUGCCAACGAUAGUUGAAGAAAAAGCAAGUACCCGUGAACUUAAUUCAGUGACAGAAAAACUCCGGCUAUUUAGACGACAAAAAGCCAAAGGCUUUGAAGAAAUUCUAACACAGUUUACAAUCGUGAAAAAGGAGUGAAUUUGCACAACCAAAAUGCCCCAGACAAAGGCAACCAAUGGAUUCUCAUCCAACUCGAAUGGACAUGAUGUUGGCUAUGAAAUGGAGGACGGCUGCUCGUUCCUAUUCACCUCGGAAUCCGUUGGCGAGGGUCAUCCAGACAAAAUGUGUGACCAGAUUAGCGAUGCUAUUUUAGAUGCUCACUUGACGCAGGACCCCAACGCCAAAGUUGCAUGCGAAACUAUCUCCAAAACCGGCAUGAUUCUCCUGUGCGGAGAAAUUACCUCCAAGGCAGUCAUCGACUACCAGAAGGUGGUCCGUGAAACCGUCAAACAUAUUGGCUAUGACGACUCUUCCAAAGGUUUCGAUUGGCGCACCUUGAAUCUGCUGGUCGCGAUUGAGCAACAGUCCCCGAACAUUGCCCAGGGGGUGCACAUCGAUCGGGAUGAGGACAAUGUGGGAGCUGGCGAUCAGGGUUUGAUGUUCGGUUAUGCCACCGACGAGACGGAAGAAUGCAUGCCUCUGACCGUGGUGCUGGCUCACAGACUCAACGAACGCAUCGCCGAUCUGCGACGAAGCGGGGAAUUCUGGUGGGCUCGACCGGACUCCAAGACCCAGGUCACGGCCGAGUACAAAUUCGAAUCCGGCGCCUGCAUCCCCCAGCGAGUGCACACCAUCGUCGUGUCGCUGCAGCACUCGGAUAAAAUCACUCUGGAAGAGCUGCGAAAGUCCAUCAUGGAUCAGGUCAUCAGGGAGGUCAUUCCGGCCAAGUAUUUCGACUCGAACACUAUUGUGCACAUCAACCCGUGCGGUUUGUUCAUCAUUGGAGGACCGCAGGGCGAUGCCGGUUUGACCGGACGAAAGAUCAUCGUCGACACGUACGGUGGUUGGGGUGCCCACGGUGGUGGUGCUUUCUCCGGUAAGGAUUUCACCAAGGUAGACCGGUCGGCUGCCUACGCGGCCCGUUGGGUGGCCAAAUCGCUUGUUAAGGCCGGCAUCUGUCGCCGCUGUUUGGUGCAAGUCGCCUAUGCCAUUGGCCUUGCCGAGCCGCUCUCGAUCACAGUAUUCGACUAUGGCACGUCCAAGUACAGCCAGAAGGAACUGCUGGCCAUCGUGUCGAAGAACUUUGACCUGCGCCCCGGCAAGAUUGUCAAGGAUCUGAACCUGCGGACACCAUUCUACCAGCGCACCAGCACCUACGGCCACUUCGGUCGCCCAGGCUUCCCGUGGGAGGAACCCAAGGAGCUGGUACUGAACUGAUUGUCAGCAGACGACAGCAGCUCUCAGCAGCAGCAGCGAGCGACAUCGGACCCAGAACAGCAACAUCUUCCGACCGCUUCUAAGAAAACCAAGUUUAACGAUGACGCCCUCUAGGGGUUAGUAGGAUUAAGUACAUGGAUAGAACGAUUUUUUUUUCUUUCUAUUAAUAGGUUUUUUUUACAAGUCUACCCGCCGAAUUUUACGUGUCGGUAGCAUGUCGUGUCUUUAAGUUCUUGUGACAGCUAAUUUGUGUUGAAACAACCCUCAAUGCGGAAAGGUGCGAAUCAUGCCUCGGAUUGUGUCAUAUAGUAAUUCAAUAUUGAAAACGGAAAAUAGUUUGUAUAUUUUCACUACUUAUCGUUGUCGGUUUCGUGUGAUUAAAAGUUUGUGUACCACAAGACGGAAUUGUUCAACAAAGUUUACUUUACAGUUUUAGGAGAGAACGUUUCACCUAUCCAAUUAAAAAUUCAAACUUUUUCUUCCGAAGUAGAGAGCACGUUCUUGUGUAGAUUGAAGCACGUUGAGGAGCCAGUUUAGGACAAGCGUAGGCAUUCAAAUUAUAGAAUUCGAUUUUUUUCAAUCACAUAACCAAAUGUAUUCUUUCAAAAUGUAUUGAAAAUCGUGUAAGAAUUUCUUCGAGCACUUGGCACUCCCCUCCCUUAGUUUGGAUAAUCCCGGUCUUUACACGAAACGCAAAACGAAAAACGGCCACACAAUUUUGUCUCUUAUUUUUACGCUUAAAAUUACACCAUCGGUUUUCGUAACUUUGAAAACUUUAAACAAAUAAUUAGUAUGUACGCAAAAACCAACAAAAACAGAAAAAUAACAAACGAAACGCAAUGUUUCAAAUGCAAAAAAAAACAAUUAUAAAAAAAAUGAAAAAAAGAAAUAGCGAAAAAUGGAUUCCGUGAGUGUUCUCUUCGUCGAAGCUAGAUCAUUCGGUUGGCCACAGUAGGAGACCCUGCCCAUCAAGUGUGCCUCCAGCUUGCCAUCCUUUGGAGGCGCUACCUGCUGCAAAAUUUGUUGUAUGACGUGAAAAAAAUCGAAUACAAACGUUUUCGAUGAUGGAUUAUGUGCUUCACAAUGUUUCGUCAGGUGAUUUCGGUUCAGAUUUCGGCUACCGAUUUCCGGUCGACACGUGGACAAAGCUUGUGAACUACAAACAACAUCAAACAGUUGCAAGGUCAAACUUCGUUGGAUUUGGAUUAUGACACAUUGAACAGCUUUGAUUAUUGAAUUGACUCAUCGGAGAAUAAUCAUUAGCAACAAACGACCGGUGAUAGGAUUGGAGCAUCAGCAAUUUAUCGCGCAUUUAAAAAUUGCAAUAUUGUACAAUUAUGUCAGUUAUCAAAUGGUCCUUCAGUACAGCUCAAACAGAUAUAUGGAAGAUAACCAUAUUAGAAGGAAUUGCUAGAAACUGCCACUGCGAAAACAUUCAAUAGAUGAUAGUGCAUUGCUGAGAUAACAAUCGCCCGGAAGAAUAUUUUAAUGAACUUGAAGCUCUAAGCUUUUGAACAGUAGUGAACAUAUAAAAUCACUUUAAACUUUGAAUGUGUUCUUCAAAAAUUUGAAUCUACUGUAAAUCAAUCGAAAUAGUCCACCGUACAUUUGGACAUCACUUUGUUUGUUCCAAGAACAAAUUUACAUCUUUUCCAAAAUCGCGAGGCAUCCCUGAGCCUACCAACCAAGCUUGGUUGUACUUUCCUACAUCGAAACAAGGAACUUACAUCCGAGUUUACCGUGUGGUCUCGGACGUUCAGAGGUAUAGCAUCUUAACAGAACAAUCAACAUCCUACCGAAAUUUCGAACAAAGGAUUGCCUCCCCAUCAGAACCAAUAAUCCACACACAACGAAGUUUAUUUUUUUCACUCGGGUCAUACACGUUUUGUGUUGUGUUUACGUAAAGGAAUUUAUUUGUGGAAAAGAGCCAUUUCGAAAACACUCCGGUCCGCCGAAUGGUCGAAAGGUGCUUCCCGGGCCAUCGUCGAUUGACGACACAUUGGCCAUUUGCUGGGAUACGUGGUGCAAACAAAAAAAGCUGAAAAACAAAACCCAAAAAAUUGAUUUCAAACACCCGAACAAAAGUGUUAGAAACGAACAACUUUUACACAAACCUGUGGUUUUUAGAUGUUAGCGCAUAUUUUAGUUUUGCUUAAACUUCAUCGAAGUGAUUUAGUUGUGAGCACGCGAAAAAUAUAUCAAUAGUUUGUUAUUUUAACCCGAAUCCAAGCGAAGAGAAUUCGUUUAUAAGAAAUUUCGUUCGUUUGUAUAUUCAACAUAAGUAACCAAAAACCUAUCCUAACGUUCUAAUAACGCACAUCAAUAAAGGCAUGAAAAUAAAUCUCAUCUAAAAAUCUGUACAAAAAGGUUAAUAAAACGGAAAAUCAACGUUAAAAAAGAAUAAAAUGAAAAUAGGAACAAAAAACCAGCACCACCAAUGCACGCUUCGCGAGGGCACGGAUCCAACCAAAAACAAGGAGUUUUUUAAAAUGUAGUUUGUUCCCCUUUCCUUUUUUGUCCCGUUAACGUCGGAGACGGACGAAUAAAAUUGCAGAAUAUUAUCGCUAAGAUAUCGACGAUUACUACCGUCAAAAACAAUUAAAUUGAUUCUACUAAAAGUAUGUGGAACAUUUGAGAGAAGAAAUUAUAAGAACAAAAGAUAAGAUGCUAAAUCCACACAUUGAUCCCCGAUUGAUGAAAGAACCAGUUGAUUAAACGUUGAAACUUCUGACAAAUCUUGACAAAUGAUGAUGAAUAAAAACCUUUCUAUUCUGGUAGAUCAA